AUGCUUGGAAAAUUUCUACAUUUUGGAUUCGCCUAAUAACUUUUGGGUCUAUUAAUUGCCUAUAAACGACCCUUAAAGAAAUACCAUAAAUGUUAUAGGUCAGUUUCACAAAGGAAGUAUAGAGAUAUUAACGUAUUUAAUCACAUUAAGUUUAAAUCAUUUUUAAUAUGAUAUAACUGAAAACUGUAUUUAAUCCACUGUGUUCUUUAUAUUCGUGUGUAAACCUUAAUGUUUUUUUAAGAUAAAUUCUAGUAGUAGUCCUUUAGUUCAUGAUAAAAUAAAGGGUUUGAACUUUCUAAAACUAGUUUUCACACUGAUAUGAAAUAUUUUUUUCCAGAAAAUCAACAAUUCUGACUAUGGAAAGGAACGGCUCAGGCACUCUUAAAGAGGGGCUGCAAAAUAGCAAUGAGGACUUGCAAAAUGUGCCUGAAGAGAAAACGAAUAAAUUAACAUUUAGCACUUCAGAUGGAACACAAUUUCAGUUAGCUCUUGCUCUUGAUAUGGAUGUUAACCAAGCGAUGGAAGCUUGCCAAGCAGUCGCACAGUCAGUGGGAAAAGGGAAUCAAGCUAUUACACUAAUUCUUGACGAUGAUUCACCAUAUAAGGAUCAUGUUCAUGAAGAAACCCAAAAUAAUUCUGUUUGUGACAGUUCAGAAAAAGUUAACCUUCUAGUAGAUUAUGGAAAUAAAGAAGUAGUCGUCGAAUGUCCAGUUCAGAAUCAAGAGGUUGUUAUUGCAUUGUUAAAUAGUGGUUUAAAUAACUUCGCUGAAUUAACUAAAUAUGGGGCAAUUGUUCAUGAAAAUAAAGACCAAACAAAACCUAUAGCUGGGGAAUCAGAAGCAAAUGCAGCAGCUGAUAAUCUGCAAUAUGAGUUCUCAAAUGUUGCAAAUACCAGUUCUGAAAAAAAUCUUAGAAAUCCAACUGAAAUAACAAAUUCAGCAACUGUUGAAGAAAUUGAUGGUAAAAAGACAUAUAUGACUGUUCCUGGUAUGAAAAAACGGAUAGAAGUCGAUGGAGAUAUUAUGUCCUUGAAGGGAAACAAUAAAACUAAAGAAGUCGUCUUGUACUCUUGCCCUUUCUGUUUUGAGUUACUGUUCACCGCACCAUCACAACUGUACGAUCAUGUUCAAGCGAAACACAAGAAUCAUCCUAAAUUUAAAAACAUGCAACGAUCAGAAUUUAUAACUAGAACAGAAAGGGGAUCAUUACAGUCAGGUAUUCGUGGACCAGGACGUCCAAGAGGUUCAAAAACAACAACAAUUCAACGAGUCAAUUCAAAUGUUUCUUAUUCUGAAAAUACAACUUCAAUGCUUUCUGGACUUUUAUAUAGACCAAGUCCAGUUGAUCCGAUAGAAUGUCGAAGAGUGUUUUGCUCACCUUGGAUGUACUAUCUGUCUAACGAAGCGUAUGAGUGCGGGGCCCGACUGCCUGACGAGAAAAGAAACUUAAAGACAUUACCUUUACCUAAUUACGCAGAAAUUGAAAAAGAAAUUAUGCAUUAUGAUCCUCAAACAGAUGCGGAGCCUGAGGGGGGCCUCGAUCAAUACUUAGAAGAUAUUGAAAAGAAAGUAGAAAAACAAACGUUAACAAUAGCAGAUAUGGAAAUGGCAGAACAUGAGAGAAUGCUUAAAGAUAUGAGAAAAAGUGAAGAAACGACAAAAGUAGACAAUAAUCAAUCGUGGGUAACUGGUUAUUUACCUGCUAAAAGAGGGAGACCUCCAAAAAGGAAAAUGGAAAAUUCUGAAAAACCAGCUAAUGAAAGUACAAUUGUUUUAGAGGACGUUACUGUAGGUACAGGAAUCGAAAUUCAAGUUGAAAAUGCGCCGAAGCAAUUUAAAAGAACACCUAGAAAAGAACGCCAAGAGGAACGUAAAGAAAUUCAACAAAUCGUUAUUGAAUCUAUACCAAAAAAAGAAAGCAAGAUAAAACCCAUAAAUACAGAAAUUCGCGUGAUUGAAGUACCAAACAAUCCAUGA